UAUACAAGGUCCCAUCGAAAGCUACCCCACUAUCGAAGUUUUUUCUCUCCUAGUCUUCUAACUCUUUCUAGUCUUCUUGUCUUCUAACUUCUUGUUCUGCCGGUUUCCAUGGAGGUUUUACUCUACUCUUGACCGAAUUGAACGUUGAGGUUAAGUUUUUUUUUUUUUUUGACGCGUACAAACAAAGCUAAUAAUACAAAUUAGAAAAAUAAGAAAACAUUGAAUUACGAUGGGUAAUCAUGUAGUGCGCAGUAAUAAUGGAUCAACAAAAAGUAAUUCUAGUAAAAAAACAGUUUAUUCGAGUCGUAAGCCAUCGGGUAAUUCAUCUGCUACUGAUAUGGAGCAUAAUUUUGUAACACACUUUGUUCCUGUGGAUAAGUUAACAAAGAUUCUCAACGAUCUGACUUACGAGAAUGAGAACAUUAAUGGUAUUUCUGUUGACAUAUUUACACGUUACUUAUUUCCAAAUUAUAAAGAAUUUGGAAAUCGGUUUUACUAUUUUUUAUUGACAUCAUCUGGUACAUCAUCGAGCUAUUUGAAUUCACCAACAUUUAAACAACAAGUCGAAAAAUUUCUUUCACAAAUGAAUGAUCGUACAUUACUUGAUAUUUAUGUUCAAGUAUAUUCAAAUACAACGGAUGACAGUAGUGAUGUUACAGUUAAUGCUUUGAAGGAUCUAUUUAUGAUGUCAUAUAGGUUAUCAAUGGAUGAUUGCUUACCAACUUGUAAUUACAUCGAAGAAACAAUUGAUGCCGCUGUCACAUCGUGUUUUCAUGGUAAAGAGAAUCUAUCAGCAACUUUUGUUUGCAACUGGCUUUGGCAAAAUACUCCAAAACUAUUAUACAGUAUCCAUCGUUAUGUUGUUCAUGUGUUGACAACAUCAUAUCGUAAUGGAAAAGUUUUUCCAACGGCUGAAGAAUCACAUCCUCACAUUGGAUCUGUAACUCCAGUCAUUGAAAAGACUGACUUUUCUCUUGAAACCAGCGAUUUAUUGCCAAUUAGUCAUGUUUGGUUGUUAUCAACAACUCUUUCUUCCCGCUAUGUCCAAGUAGAAGUUCCUUCACCAACUGAAGAAAACACAAAUAUCCCACUAUCUUUUAAAAUGGCUGGAACUCCAUGUCCAAGUCACUGGUCACUUUUGUACUCAAGUGACUUACAUGGAGCUGCUGUAAAUCGUUUGCUCCAUCACGUCUUGGGUUAUCGAGGACCAACUAUACUUUUCAUUCGAGGCAGUUCUUCAAAUAACAAGUGUGUCACAUAUUGCAUUGGUUCGACUGUCGAAUGGCAUGAAUCAAGUAGUUAUUGGGGUGGUGAUGAUUCGAUAGUUAUACAACUAAAACCAAUAUAUAGACUUAUUGAAAAAGGACCAAAAUUAUUGUACCUAAAUACACUGAUACGAGGAUAUGCUCAAGGCUUGAGAGCUGGCUCAGAUACAAGAAAUCCAAUAAUAAAUGUUGAUCAAUCAUUUAAUUCAGUUAUGAUUGAAGGUGCACCAUAUCGUAUCAUGACCAUUGAAGUUUGGGGCUGUGGUGAUAGAAAGCUGAAAGAAAAACAGUUGGAUAUCAAAAGAUGGCAAGUUAAAGAAGCUGAGAAACAGCGUGUUGUGAAACUAAGUAGUGCUGAUUGGAUGGAUCAUCCAGAUCGUUACUUAUUAGAAUUGGCUGGUAGACCAACUUACAGUAAUGCCGAAAACAAGUAAGGAUGUUGAAGCUGUAUUGAUGAUUGCCCAUGUUAUACACCCUCUUUGUCAAGCCGUAUUUAAAAGUAAUUCUUUGACAAGCAGUGAGGAGGAUGAAGAGAAUGAUGACAUGAUGAUGUGGCUAGAAUUGGACCAUGAAUAGCAAUACCUAACGAUGGAGGAGGAAGAAAACCCAUACCCGCUCGUAAACAAUUGCUAGCAACAAUAUGGCUUUGAGCAACACCUGAAUGUUACAGGAUAUAUAAAACCAUGGUGUACCUAUU